GCUCUGAGCCCCGGGUCCCUGCUUUUCUGCACUGUGGCCUGACUGGUCUCCUCUGCCAGCUCCCAAGGACAGAGGGGACUCCACAGUCAGGCGUGAGGGCGUGUGGCUUGUGUUUUCUCAGAGCAGGAGCCAACGACCAGGGUCCGGCGUCAGCUGAAGAUUUGUAAUCCUCUCCCUCUGUGCCCAGAACCCCUUCCGGCUGCUCUGCCCUAUUGUCAGAUGAUGCUUAUUAAUCUUGAUUAUCGUCAUGUUUUACUUUUCUACUUGGUUAACUCGGGGAAGUUUGUCUCUGGUCCCGAGUACAUCUGACAAGGACAUGGGUGCGUUUUGCGGACAGCUUCUCUCAAUAAGCGCUCUGAGACUUGGGUCAAGAAAGUCAUCAUUUUGCUACAGAGACAUUCUUGUGACAACCGGUGACGUUUGAAUGUGAGAUGUAUGAGUGAUAACAUUUCCUGGGCUUGUUCGCUGUGUUGUGAUUUCGUAACGUCCUUGGUCUAAAGGGGUGAAAACCACAGCAUUUUAGGGCGAGAUGCUGUGAUGUCUGCAGUUGGCUUUCAAAUUGGUCUUAAAGAUAAAUGAGAAACACGUAUCUUGAUCUGUAGAUAGCGCAGAUGUGGAAAAACGUGAACCAACAGUGAGUCUCGACGAAGGUAUAAGGAGUUCAUUGUACUCUUCUUGGAACUUGUCUGUAGUUUUGCAACUUUGAAAAAGAAAACAUUUUUAAAAGGGCUGCUGGGUUGGGGGUUGUCUCGAGUAUCUCGGGGUCCACCCGUCGGCCCUCUGCUCCCUGCCCUGUCCUGGUCUCUGUCGAUUUGAGACCGAGGGAGCUGCCUGCCCCACAGUUAAAUUCUAGGCAGCCCGUUGGGGUCCGGCUUUGAAAGAGCGGCAGACGCUUUUGACAAAAUGUACUCCUUCCUCUAUAGAGAAGUCACUACAUUUCUAGAAUCUUUCGUUGGGGACCAACUUCCCUUCAGGUUUUCAUUUCUCCCCUCAAAAUUUUCUUUUAAAUUUUGAUUGCCUUCUAAAAUGACCGAGGCCGCAUUUGUUGUUGUGAUGAUCCAAACAGAGAAGAGGAUAAAGAAAUUAAUAGGUCCCUGUUUUUUCCAUCGCCCGUGGGGUGGUUAGAGCCUCUUGAACUUUGUCCUGUGCUCUUGGGAACACAUACAAACGCCCACAGGCAUCCAGUGGAGCUUGACGUCUUGUCAUUUUUAUCCUUUGUUAACCUGGCUGGCCAGCCGGCUCCCUACUUCUCCUUGAAGAUGCAGCUUGGGGGUCAUCUCCUCCAGGAAGCCCCCCAGGCUCUCCGUGUGACCUCAUCCUUUGCAGUCAUCUGAAUCUGAGCUGCCUCCCCUGCCAGGUCUUGGGUAACCCGAGGGCAGCCGCUGUUUCCCUUUCGCUGUCUGCACUUGAGCUGGGAGCCCGGGAGACGCACAGUCAGUGUUUGUGGAGCCAGCAAACGGGCAGGGGAGGCAUCCUGAGCGAGGAAGAGGAAGCCGCCUGAGCAGAGCCUUGCAGAAAUUGUCAAACAGCACUCCAGAAAAAGUUGUGCCAACUUGUACCCACCAAGAGUGAAUGAGAAUAGCAGUUUGCCAGAGCCUUGCCAGCAGUGAAUGUUGCAGAUCUCGGCUAAUGUGGGUCCCAAGUGAUGGUGGUUUACACGGAGGACAAGCUGAGCCCUGCAAAACUGGUUAGCACGGCGGAGCCCGGAGCGGCGCCUGCUGGCUGGUGGGUGUGAACCGCGGGAUCUCCGCGUCUCAAGCCAAGAGGAAGCAUGUCUAAGAAGGGCCGGAGCAAGGGCGAGAGGCCCGAGAUGGAGACUGAUGCCGUGCAAAUGGCUAACGAGGAGCUGCGGGCCAAGCUCACUAGCAUCCAGAUCGAGUUCCAGCAGGAAAAGAGCAAGGUGGGCAAACUGCGCGAGCGGCUGCAGGAGGCCAAGCUGGAGCGCGAGCAGGAGCAGCGGCGGCACACCGCUUACAUCUCGGAGCUCAGGGCCAAGCUGCACGAGGAGAAGACCAAGGAGCUGCAGGCGCUGCGCGAGGUGCUCAUCCGGCAGCACGAGCAGGAGGCGGCGCGCACCGCCAAGAUCAAGGAGGGCGAGCUGCAGCGGCUGCAGGCCACGCUGAACGUGCUGCGGGACGGCGCGGCCGACAAGGUCAAGACGGCGCUCCUGGCCGAGGCGCGCGACGAGGCGCGCAGGGCCUUCGACGGCGAGCGCCAGCGGCUGCAGCAGGAAAUCCUGGAGCUCAAGGCUUCGCGCAGGCAGGCCGAGGAGGCGCUCAGCAACUGCAUGCAGGCCGACAAGACCAAGGCGGCGGACCUGCGCGCUGCCUACCAGGCGCACCAGGACGAGGUGCACCGCAUCAAGCGCGAGUGCGAGCGGGACAUCCGCAGGCUGAUGGACGAGAUCAGAGGGAAAGACCGUGUGAUCCUGGCCUUGGAGAAGGAACUCGGCGUGCAGACGGGCCAGACCCAGAAGCUGCUUCUUCAGAAGGAGGCUUUGGAUGAGCAGCUGGUUCAGGUCAAAGAGGCUGAGCGGUACCACAGUAGCCCCAAGAGAGAGCUCCCGCCUGGCAUCGGGGACAUGGCAGAGCUCAUGGGCGUCCAGGAUCAACAUAUGGACGAACGAGACGUACGGCGAUUCCAACUGAAAAUUGCUGAACUGAACUCGGUGAUACGGAAGCUGGAAGACAGGAACACCCUCUUGGCAGACGAGAGGAACGAGCUGCUGAAACGCUCCCGGGAGACCGAGGUCCAGCUGAAGCCCCUUGUGGAGAAGAACAAGCGGAUGAACAAGAAGAAUGAGGAUUUGCUGCAGAGCAUCCAGAGGAUGGAGGAGAAAAUCAAGAGCGUCAUGAGGGAGAACGUGGAAAUGAAAGAGAAGCUGUCGGCGCAGGCGUCCCUGAAGCGGCACACUUCCUUGAACGACCUCAGCCUGACGAGGGACGAGCAGGAGAUCGAGUUCCUGCGGCUGCAGGUUCUGGAACAACAGCACGUCAUCGACGACCUCUCGCUGGAGAGAGAACGUCUCUUGCGCUCCAAACGACAUCGCGGGAAAGGUCUGAAGCCACCCAAGAUGUGGUUUUAUAGAGACGGUGCCCAGAUGUCCUGGCAGGGAGAGCACAGCUGGACGGGGAGAAUUCAGACGCCACAGGGGCCACGCUGGAAUAAACAGAGCAAAUUGGGGCAGAAGCAUGUUGUGGAGACAUUUUUUGGAUUUGAUGAGGAGUCUGUGGACUCGGAAACCUUGUCAGAAACCUCCUGCAACACGGACAGGACGGACAGGGCCCCAGCCACGCCCGAGGAAGACUUGGAUGAUACGACGACAAGAGAAGAGGCCGACCUGCGGUUCUGCCAGCUGACCAGGGAGUACCAGGCCCUGCAGCGGGCCUACGCCCUGCUUCAGGAGCAGGUGGGGGGGACGCUGGAUGCUGAGAGAGAGGCCCGGACUCGGGAACAGCUCCAAGCUGACCUGCUGAGGUGUCAGGCGAAAAUCGAAGAUUUGGAGAAGCUGCUGGUCGAGAAGGGACAGGAUUCCAAAUGGGUUGAAGAGAAGCAGCUUCUCAUCAGAACAAACCAGGACUUGCUGGAAAAGAUUUACAGGCUGGAAAUGGAAGAGAGUCAGCUGAAGAACGAAGUGCAGGACGCCAAGGACCAAAAUGAGCUGCUAGAGUUCCGAGUGCUGGAGCUCGAAGAGAGAGAGCGGAGGUCGCCAGCAUUUAACCUCCAAAUCAGCACCUUCCCCGAGAACAACAGAAGCGCUCUCCAGCUGUUCUGUCACCAGGAAGGAGUUAAGGAUGUGAAUGUUUCUGAACUUAUGAAGAAGCUAGAUAUCCUUGGCGAUAACGGGAAUUUGAGAAACGAAGAACAGGUUGCAAUAAUCCAAGCUGGAACAGUGCUUGCCCUGUGCGAAAAGUGGCUGAAGCAAAUAGAGGGGACUGAGGCGGCCCUGACCCAGAAGAUGCUGGAUCUGGAGAAGGAGAAGGACCUGUUCAGCAGGCAGAAGGGCUACCUGGAGGAAGAGCUGGACUACAGGAAGGAGGCCCUGGACCAGGCUUACCUGAAAAUCCAGGAGCUGGAGGCCACGCUGUACAACGCGCUGCAGCAGGACCCGGGGCGGAGGGCCAGCGAGGCGCUGAGCGAGGGCCAGCGGGAGGAUCUGCAGGCCGCCGUGGAGAAAGUGCGCAGGCAGAUCCUGAGGCAGAGCCGCGAGUUCGACAGCCAGGUUCUGCGGGAGCGCAUGGAACUACUGCAGCAGGCCCAGCAGAGGAUCCGAGAGCUGGAGAGUAAGCUGGAGGUCCAGAAGAAACACCUGAAGGAGCUUGAGGAGAAGCAUUCAUUCUGUGGCCUUGAUGACGUCAGUGAGCAAAGAACUCGGGAUAGAAAAAGAGCUUAUGGAAUACAUUGAGUCCCUGCGGCAUCCCCAACCCCACUCACACCAAAAUCCAACGGCAAAACAAGCUCCUUCAAGCCAGAGACUGAAAACAGAAUUCACGUGUACUUGACGAGGAGGCCUUUUGAUCUACGGCUGGGUCCUGGCUGGGCCGAGCUGUAGGAGCCCCGAAGACGCUGGGGGUUUUGUCAAGCUCGGGGCCACGUCCGAGCCCCCACUCUGGCACCAUCGAAGCCCAAGGGGCAGAGACCUGAAUACCAGGAAAGUAAGUGCAAUUACUAGAAAGCGAGUCACUGGGGAGCCACUGCGCGGCCGGGGGCCAGGCCAGAGCCCUUGUCCCCGCACUGCAUGCCUCCCCUGGACGCAGACUUCUGUACAUAUGUCUCCAUGAACUGUGCUCUGUGUACCCGGAAUCUGUCAGCCAAGUGACUUGCAAGUGUCCCUGUGAUCUGAACCCGAAGUCAAGCCCCGGUCAGCAAAACCCUUCGAGAGCCCUGUGCAGCUGAUCCAGCGGGUGGCCACCAGGGGGAGAGAGAGAGAGAGAGCGCAGGACUCUGACUAGGGGCAGGAGCCUUGCCCACUGUGGAGGGCGGAUCCAAGGACCUCAGAUGUCCAAGAAAGAAGCCACAGGCUCCAUCAUUCUCCUGGAUGGGACACGGUGAAAGUCUCAGAGCAUGACUGUCCCUGGAGCGAGGACAGAGGAGGUGGACGCAGUCCCCGACCACACCACGACCCGCGCUGCCUCGCAUCUUGGUUGUAAUUUGCAAGACGCUGCCGAGGGAAGAUGCCGGGAGGCGGAGUGUUCUGUGGAGCAUCCGUGGGGGACGAGCCUCCCCCCGCAUCGGUCUGACACCAGGGCCGCCCUCUCUCAGUUGUGGAGGAGGGAGCCCUUCCUGAUCUUGGGGCCCCCGAAUGGAACCUUCGAGCAGAUGGAGCGCCUGGGGCAGCCAAGGAGGCCAGGCAGCGGCUGCUGAGAGUCGGGCCCCGGAGGCAGAGCCCCCGAGGAGGGAAGUGACCUGGGGUGAUGCUGUUCUUGUUGUUCUCGGUGGGGUGGGGGGGGGGUGAGCAUCUCCAGAAGCCCCUGCUCACGUGACUGUUCUCUCCAAAACGUCUGGAAGGAAGAUGUGCAGAAUUAGAGUCGAUGAAGUUAAACAGGAGGCGGUGCAGGGGAAGGAAGGGAGGAGCAGUAGCGGGGACGGGUCGGUCCCAAGGACGGGAAGAUUGGCUGCUCUGUGGUUGCUGGGCUGCGAGAGCGAGCCUGUGAUUUCUAGUAAGAAGAGCCUUUGGAGGAGACAGAAGUGACUGAAAUUCGGGCCGCGGAGGGGAGCAGCGGAGGAGCGGAAGGUUCUCAGAAGGGCAGACCGGAGGACGGAGAAGGCGGUGACCAUGAGCGCAGCAGGGGCGCCCCGGCCCGAUGGGGAGGGAUGUCCAAACCAAA